AGAAAUGGGUAACGAACCGUUCAAAAACAUGCAUGUGGAAGGUGAAAAUAAAUUUAAUGUCGAAUCAAAUGAAGAAUGCUCCGAUAAAAAUGCGAAAAAGUGUACUGAAGUGAGGCCUUUUAGUUUUGAAGAAAGAGACAGACUAAUACAAAAAAAGAAAGACGAGGCUCUUCAAAAGAUCAUGGAAGAAGAAAGGAAAAUGAGAGAAUUUCACGCAAAACCAGUGCCCAAGUUUAUUUAUGAAAAGAAAGUUCGUAUGUCAGAAGCGUUGGCACCUAAACAGUAUUUAGUAAAUGCUGAAAAAUCGUCUCAGAAGUUGGAACAACCGGCUCCUCAGUUCAAAGCUCGACCUGCCAAAGUACUCCAAAUGAAACCGUUUGAACCUCAAAAACCUAUGAAACAUUUGAGAGAAAUCCCUAGUUUUGAACUGAACACCGAUCGAAGGGCUAAAGAAAGACAAAUGUUUGAGGAAAAGAUGAAGUAUAGGGAUGAACUGAUAAAAGCACAAAGACAGAGGAUGGAACAAGAAAAAAUUCGACAUGAGGAAGAAGAAGUCGCUAAUCUUCGAAGAGUGAUGGAAUAUAAAGCGCAGCCAAUAAGGCGUUACAAACCGAUCGAACCUGCUCCAACAAAGAGCCUCACAGAACCCCAUAGUCCUCAGUUCAAUCUGAAUAGUCGUACUAAACGUCAUAAUAACAAAGAAAAUAUUACGGGAUGAAUACGUCGACUGUUUCAACUAACAUGUACCUAAUAAGUUUUUGACACAUUCAUUUGAAGAAGAUGCGUUAUGUUGUGGGUUUCCAUAUUUUUUUAUAUUUAUACAAAUGCAACAGUAAUUUUUUAUGUAAACUUCUCCUUCUUAUUAAAGGAUUGUACAUUU